AUGUUCCAGCUUCCCCAGCCUCUGGAUGCGCACAACCAUCCCAUUCUCCCCCUUACAGAAGACUCUGGGACGCUGGACAAGCUAUUCCGAAUAUGCUACCCAGUUCCCGACCCUCAACUAGAUAAUUUGGAGGACGUCGGAGCAGUUCUAGCGGCAGGAGUCAAGUACGACAUGGAAGGGGUUCAGGCUGUAUGCACGAAAGCGCUGCUGGAUCCAGACUUGGGACAGGAGGAUCCUGUUGGCGUUUAUGCCGUCGCGGUCAAUUUGAAGCUGCUGGACGAGGCAUGCGCAGCGGCCGGACAAACACUCCGCUAUCCACACGAAGUGCUGACUCCUCCAUCGAGCACGUUGGCGAGUCUCCCCGCCACGGCAUACGUUUACCUAUUGCAAUACCGGGAACGAUGCAGGCUCGCCGCUCUAAAAGCGGUCGACGCAUUCUCCGAUAGCUUAUAUCAAACCAGCGAGCUUUACGAGUACGACUGCCAUGAAUGCGAAGAUCCGACUCAAGUUAGGAUUCCCCACUGGAAUCAUCCUAGACGCUGGUUUGUCCUUGAUCAGAAUGAUUAUCUAUCGUAUACUGUGGAGCUCUUAGAGGCGACCCCGUCCGGAGAUGCACUACUGGAAGAUGCGGAACUCGGUUUAUGCCGCUUCGUUAAGUCGCUAUUGCCUGCCUGCAAGAAUUGUCGCCGACGCAUCCGUAAUGCAAUGCAGUAUUGGAGGAAGUAUUUUGCAGAAGAAGUCAAUAAGGCUGUUGCAAAGCAACGACUUCAAAUUACAUUUUAA